ACCUGCACCAGUGACUGAGCACCUGCACCAGUGACCUGAGCGCCUGCAGACAAGCAGCUCUGAAGCUUUCAUCCAACUCAUGACGGACUGAGCCACAGCCCACUUUGUGGCCCAUGCACUCUAUCCGUUUCUCUGCCAGUCCACCUUAUACCUCAAGCUGACGCAAAACCCCAGGCACCUUGCUCCCCUCCCCCACCCCCACCCCAUCCCCAGUGAUUCGCCCCCUCCUGCCAUGGUUUCCGGCACAGAAACCGUGCAUUACAUCCAUCUGCACAAUUCCAGCCAGUCAGUUCUUGAAGCCCUGCGCACCCAACGGCGCGAGGGCCUCUUCUGUGAUGUGACCGUGCGGAUCCAUGACGCCUCGCUGCGUGCCCACGCCUGCGUCCUGGCGGCUGGCAGCCCCUUCUUCCAGGACAAACUGCUGCUGGGUCACUCUGAAAUAUCUGUGCCGCCUCUGGUGCCUGCUGAAACCGUGAAGCAGCUUGUGGAUUUCAUGUACAGCGGCUCACUGGUCGUGCUGCAGUCUCAGGCCCUCUGCAUCCUCACAGCUGCCAGCAUCUUGCAGAUCAAGACGGUCAUUGAUGAGUGUACCCAGAUCAUCUCUCAGAGGAAGGCGGCGGCAGGGGCAGCAAGUGCAGCUGCUGCAGCAGCUGCUGCAGCAGCUGCAGGGGCUGGAGCAGGAGGGGGGAUGCUUGGAGGGGUUCUCCCUAAACAAGAGGAACGUGCCAUAGGCAAAGGUAGAGAGAGUGGCAGCAGUGGAAGCUGCUCAGUCAGUAGUGCUGGCGGCGGUGGAGGUUACGCAAACUUCUCUAAUUUCAUGGCUGAAUGUGGUGGUGGCAACAUGGGAGGGGGGUUGGGGGGUGCCAGCGAGAGCGGCCCAGGCCCUAUGGAUCAAAACAGCACUGUAAGUCUGAUGGCGCUUGGCGACAUGGGGCCCGGCUCCAUGUGCAGUGGCGGUGAUGGGAUGGGAGCAGGGCCCGGUUCAAUCCUCAUGAAGCAGAGCUCCAGCUGUACUCAGGAUGUAAGGUACAAGCUCCGAGACCUCCUGGCCCACACGGCCAACGGCGCCAGCACUAGUAACGCAGGGAACCUGUCCGCGGGCUGCAACUCCGGUGUGGCCAGUGUGGAUAGCAUCGGCAGGGACAGCCUCCGUGGCAACACGACUGACCUCUCUGAUGACCUCGUAGGGAUAGACCGAUACAGCGAGGAGGAGGACUUGGACGGGAGAGAGCGAGGAAGAGAUGGAGACAGAGACAGGGGGGCGAGCCACAGCCGCAAGCAGAGGCAGCCGCUCAGACUCCAGGUGCUUGGAGGCGAGGGAGUGGUGGUGAAAGACGAGGGGGUACAGGACACAGAUGGGACCGUCUAUUCACUGGAGGAUGGAAGACGAGAUCAACAGCAGCAGGGCCCCCAGGACUCCUUGGCCAGCUUCGGACAGGAAUUCUACGAUGAGCAAGGGGUGUUUUCUGAGAGCUUUUGGCCUCAGAGUGAACCUCAAGCCAUGGCUUUUAAUCCCAGAGGAAGGGUCAACAAGCCCAUGACUCCACCUCCCACCUCCCAGUCCAUCAACAGCCAGCUUCUGUUCCAGUACCCAGUAAGCCACUCGCAGCCUGCUCCAUUUUAUGUGGGAGGACCCAUGGGAGGGAUUGACAACAUGGCAGGAACAGAGCCCAGUCAGCAGGCUCCGCCCCCAGCACCAAUGACCCCCGCCCCACCUUCUUCCACACCCUCCUGUUCUGCUGGGCCCUCUCCCUCCUCCCAGGGAUCUGAGACCUCAUUUGACUGCACCCACUGUGGCAAAUCUUUACGUUCCAGGAAGAAUUACAGCAAGCACAUGUUUAUCCACUCCGGUCAGAAACCUCAUCAGUGCUCCAUCUGCUGGCGCUCCUUCUCCCUGCGCGACUACCUCCUCAAACACAUGGUGGUGCAUACUGGUGUCAGGGCCUUCCAGUGCACCAUGUGUGGCAAGCGCUUCACCCAGAAAAGUUCACUCAACGUGCACAUGCGCACCCACCGUGCUGAGCGCACUUUCCAGUGCAAUGUGUGCCACCGGGCCUUCACGCACCGCACUCUGCUGGAGCGCCACGCCCUGCAGCAUGCCCACCACACUCCUCAGACCCCAGGCCCAGGUCAGGGACGUGGAGCUGACAUGACCUCACCUACCAAGCACAGUCCUCCAGCUAUGGGAGGACCCUCAGGUAUGGCUGGCCCGGCUGGGAUGGUUGGCAGCAUGACCAACAUGCCAAGCCACGGAGCCUCUUCCACCUAAAAACAUAGAAAAGGAAAUUCAGGGGAGAGGAGGAGGUUACUAAACUCAUUCCUCAAAUCAACACUUAAUUGGUCUUAACAACCUGUUUGACCUUUAUUUCUGGUGGUAAGAGCACUUACAGACUUACAGUCUCGUUCUUUAGCUUAAUGCCGCCUUCAGUCAGGGUUCCUGCACAGCACAGAACUGUAAGUCCUUUGAAUAAUUUUAAAAAAUUACAUAAAUCUACAAAUGUUUUAGAAUUGUUUAAAAAAAGUCUUUAGAGUUCUAGGAUGUGGGGGUUCCAUUUCCAAAAUGUAUCUAAAUAGUUGUAGCUCUACUUUGAAUUCCUGUGUUGUAACAUUUGUUGCUGUGAGAACUAACCAUAAGCCUCAGAGCGAUGUGGUUAACAGUCACACGUUGAAGAACAGCCAUUAAAACCUAUAGUUUUUUUAUUUGUUGAAAUGUGUAGGAACCCUGUGUUAGAGAACCAGAGAGUCACCAAAGACGUUUGGAGAACAGAAUUGUUGUGGAGGUGGAAGUGAUGGUGGGGGGAGAGGAAGGUGCAAGACGAGUUUCAUUUACCUUCAGUUCAUUUAACUCAUGACCAGUAAUUUUACUUUCUUGGUUAAUGAUCAAAACUAUAACGUAACUAGUUUUACUGACAAACAAUCAUUAAAAUGUAGUCAUUCAAGCAAUUUGUGUCUCAGAAGACAGAAGAGCAUCGUGUUGCUGAAAUAAACUGGUUAAUUUUUGAAGAAGUAAACACA